AUGGAGACACCAGCUUACGAUUUCGACUCACUCACUGACUUACCACCGCUUCCUCCUUCCGAUUUCACUCCUUCCAACGCCUUCACCUUCCCCGACCACAACCUCGACUUUUCCUUCCUCGACUCCACUCUGUCUCUCCUCAAUCGGCACCAUCUCUCUGAGUCCACUCGCUUGGAACAGAUUUUUUACGACUCCACUCACACUCAGCUCUUUCACAACGACGACACCACCACCACCACCACACCGUUUCUCCACCUUCCUGAUCUCAAAUCCAUCGACGCCGUUGAAGAACCGACGACGAUGAAGCUGUUUCCAUCUCUCUCUCCUCCUCUUCCCGCCGCCAAACGUCAGAAGCUUAACUCAACUUCCUCUUCAACAACCUCUGGAUCUCCAACUGCGUCAAACGACGGUGGUAUUAUUACCAAACGACGGAAGAUCUCAGACAAAAUCAGAUCCCUGGAGAAACUCAUGCCGUGGGAGAGAAAGAUGAACUUAGCGAUGACUCUAGAAGAAUCUCACAAAUACAUCAAGUUUCUUCAAUCUCAGAUUGCUUCACUCCGUUGGAUGCCUCUCGAAUCUGUCUACAACACCGCCGGUGAAGUAGGAGAAACAGAUUUGCUCAAAUCUCUGACACGUCAACAGAUUCUUCAGGUUCUUGCGAAUUCUCCAGGCUCACGAAACGUACUCUCCUCUCGUGGUGUUUGUGUCUUCUCUUAUGAACAGCUUCUCUCUCUCAAGACAAUGUCGAGAAACCUCUGAAUCCAACGACGUCGUUUGAAGAAACACCAAAAGCUCUCUGUUUUUGUUUUGUUUAACGUUUCUUCUACAUAGC